UUAAAAGAGAGCUUUAAACACACAACACUACGCAGUACAGAAGCCAUUGAAAUCAUUUCAUUUGUUUUUCCAAAAAAAACCCAAAAAGUUAACAAAUCCCCCACAGAUUCCAACGCUUCGAACACGAAAACCAGUAAAAAUCAGAGAAGGAUCCAAAAUCCAAACCCAAAAACUUUCUUCCAAUUAGCCAAAUGUACAUCUUCAGUUGCUCAAACAAAGCCCUCAAAUGCCAAAGCAAGCAUACUCUGAUCCCUCACUCUCUAAUCCUAACUCUAAAUUAAAGAGACAAGAAGAAGAAAAGGAUGGCGAAGCACACAUCCGUCGCCGUCGGCUGGGGCCACCACCACAUACAGAAACGCUGGCUUUUAGCUCUUCUCUUAAUGCUCUCUGUUUCGACGGUUAUUGCCUUCUUCAUUAGAGCCGCCUUCGAUUCCUGUGACCGGAGCGUUUCUGGUGCUGUUUCCUCUGAUAAUGUUAUCGGUUCCGCUCGGAAUGCCAUCCAACUAGCCGAGAAGCGAGCCUCUAUGGUCCCUGCUGCAAAGCCGAGUCCACUCAGCUUUAUGAAGUCGAAGAUUGUUCUACUCGUGUCGCACGAGCUCUCGCUUUCUGGUGGACCAUUGUUGUUGAUGGAGCUGGCAUUUCUAUUAAGAAGUGUUGGUGCUGAAGUUUAUUGGAUUACAAUUCUGAAACCAUCUGAAACAGAUGAAGUAAUAUAUAGUUUAGAACAUAAGAUGUUGGACAGAGGGGUUCAGGUUGUUUUCUCUGCAAAGGGAAAAGAGGCUAUAAACACUGCUCUGAGAGCUGAUUUGGUUGUUUUGAACACUGCGGUUGCUGGGAAAUGGCUGGAUGCUGUUCUUAAGGAAGAUGUUCAUCGUGUUCUCCCUAAGGUGUUGUGGUGGAUCCAUGAAAUGCGAGGCCAUUACUUCAAAUUAGACUAUGUAAAGCAUCUUCCUUUUGUAGCUGGUGCCAUGAUUGAUUCACAUGUUACAGCAGAAUACUGGAAGAAUAGGACUCAAGAGCGUUUAAAGAUUAAAAUGCCUGAGACCUAUGUUGUUCACCUUGGCAAUAGCAAGGAACUGAUGCAAGUUGCCGAAGACAGUGUGGCUAAAAGGAUUUUGCGUGAACAUGUUCGUGAAUCUCUUGGAGUGCGCAAUGAGGAUUUACUCUUUGCCUUGAUAAAUAGUGUUUCACGAGGUAAAGGGCAGGAUCUUUUUCUGCGUUCCUUCUAUGAGGCCUUGCAACUGAUUAAGGCAAAGAAAAUGCAGGUGCCACCACUGCAUGCAGUAAUUGUGGGAAGUGACAUGAGUGCUCAGACCAAAUUUGAAACGGAAUUACGAGAUUAUGUAAUGCAGAAGAAAAUUCAAGACCGUGUUCACUUUGUGAACAAAACUCUGACAGUAGCCCCAUAUUUAGCGUCCAUUGAUGUUCUUGUUCAGAAUUCCCAGGCACGGGGAGAAUGCUUUGGACGAAUAACAAUUGAAGCCAUGGCAUUUCAGUUGCCUGUACUGGGAACAGCUGCUGGAGGCACCACGGAAAUAGUAGUGAACGGAACUACAGGUUUAUUGCAUCCUAUUGGAAAAGAGGGGGUUACUCCGCUCGCAAAAAAUGUUGUUAAACUGGCUACACAUGUUGAGAGGAGGCUUACGAUCGGAAAGAGAGGCUACGAAAGGGUCAAAGAAAGGUUUCUAGAACAGCACAUGGCAGAGAGAAUUGCCGGAGUACUUAAAGAAGUGUUAAGGAAGUCUAAAAACAACUCAAGUAGACAACCUUGAUUGAAAACACCCAUAACAACGAGGUAGAUCCACUUUCCACAAAACAGCCAUGGUGGCCCAAAGUACAGGAUGAAAUAGGAUGCUCUUUUUUUUUUCCCCUCACCUAAUGGAGUGACAUCUUUAAUCAUGGCCCUAGUUUUUCUGUCUUCUUGUCAGCUUACCAUCCAGUUUUCCAUCUAGGGAUGUAAAUUAUGUACAUGCUAAGACAAGUAGCUGUUUAUAUGGUCAAGAAGUUCCAUUAAGGUAUGAAGAGUUUUUACUUGUUUAUUAUGGCAUUGACACGUUGGGACGGGUAGGAUACAUGCUGGAAGGACUAUCCAAAGUGCAGGUUGCUGUUGCCAUUGCCAUUUUGGCCUGAGAAACAGUUCCUUUUUGAAUUGUCAUAUGUAAAAUAUAAAAUUAUCAUGUCAUAUUAUGUU